AUGUUUACUGUGAUGACCCGCCAGCCUUGUGAACAAGGAGGCUGCAGGGCUCUCUCAAGGACUCCAGCCAUUGUCACCUUGGUGGUCCUGCUCGUGAGCAUUGUGGUGCUUGUGACCCUCACACUCAUCCAGAUCCACCACCCACAGGUCCUCCCUCCAGGGCUGAAGUAUGGAAUCGUGCUGGACGCUGGCUCUUCCAGAACCACUGUCUAUGUGUAUCAGUGGCCAGCAGAGAAGGAGAACAACACAGGCGUGGUCGAACAAACCUUCAAAUGCAGUGUGAAAGGCUCGGGGAUCUCCAGCUAUGAGAACAACCCCCAGGAUGCCCCCAAGGCCUUUGAGGACUGCAUGCUAAAGGUGAAGGAACAGGUCCCAGAGCGCCUCCACGGAGCCACCCGCAUUUACCUGGGAGCCACUGCUGGGAUGCGCUUGCUGAGGUUGCAGAAUGAGACCGCAGCCCAUGAAGUCCUUGAGAGCAUCCAAAGCUACUUCAAGUCCCAGCCUUUUGAUUUUAGGGGUGCUCAAAUCAUUUCUGGGCAAGAGGAAGGGGUGUAUGGAUGGAUUACAGCCAACUAUAUAAUGGGAAAUUUCCUGGAGAAGAACCUGUGGCACAUGUGGGUGCACCCGCACGGAGUGGACACCACAGGAGCUCUGGAUUUAGGUGGUGCCUCCACCCAGAUAUCCUUUGUGGCAGGAGAGAAGAUGGAGCCGAACGCCAGUGACACAGUGCAGGUGUCACUGUACGGCUACACGUACACACUUUACACACACAGCUUCCAGUGUUACGGCCGGAACGAGGCGGAAAAGAGGUUCCUGGCCACACUUCUGCAGGGCCCUUUGGCGGAAGCCAACACCAACAACCCCUGCUACCCCAAGGGUUACAAUACCACCUUUACCCUGGGCCACGUGUUUGGCAGCCUGUGCACGGAGAAGCAGAGGCCGGAGAGCUUCAAUCCCAGUGAGACUGUCACCUUCACAGGCACUGGUGACCCACAGCUGUGCAGGGAGAAGGUGGCUUCUGUGUUUGACUUCAAAGCUUGCCAGGAGCAAGAUGCUUGUUCCUUUGAUGGUGUUUACCAGCCCAAGGUUCAAGGGCCAUUUGUGGCGUUUGCAGGCUUCUAUUACACAGCCAGCGCACUGAACCUCUCGGGAAGUUUCUCCCUUACCUCCUUUAACGACAGCAGCUGGGACUUCUGCAGACACGCUUGGAGCAAGCUCCCGUCCCUGCUCCCCAGAUUUGAUGAGGGGUAUGCCCGGUCCUACUGUUUCUCAGCCCACUAUAUUUACCACUUGCUUGUAAACGGAUACAAAUUCACCGAGGAGACUUGGCCUCAGAUACGUUUUGAAAAAGAAGUGGGGAACAGCAGCAUCUCCUGGUCCCUAGGCUACAUGCUCAGCUUGACCAACCAGAUCCCAGCUGGAAGUCCCCUGAUCCGCCUCCCCAUACAGCCGCCAGUCUUUAUGGGAGUCCUGGCUUUCUUCACGGCUAUAGCCUUGCUGUGCCUGGCAUUUCUUUUGUACCUGUGUUCAGCGUUCAGGACAAAGGAACGUUCUGAGAAUGCCUUCGACCAAGCAGUGGACUCUGACUGAGCCUUCCAAGCAGCAACUGGAGCCUGAGGCAGGGUGAGCAAAGUGGCUGCCACCAGGACCUGCUCAAUGGUGAAAUGCCAUGGUCACAUGCCUCUCAGCUACUGCUU